AUGGGGAAAACAGUCGUCGUGUUGGGCGGCUCCCUCGGCGGUCUGGCCGUCACACAUCGCUUACUCAAGUAUACCCAACCACAUGAGGAGGACUUGAAAGUCAUUCUUGUCUCAAAGAACAGUCACUUUUACUGGAACCUUGCCUCCGUUAGGGCGAUCGUGCCCAACCUGAUCAAGGACGACCAGAUCAUUGCCCCGAUCCGGCCCGGUCUAUCGCAAUACCCUGCCGGAAGUGUUGAAUUCAUCAUCGGCGCCGCUAUGGCUGUUGAUGUCGCAUCCCGUACCGUGCAGGUCGACACUGGCGCCGACGGGUUGUGCGUGCUCACCUACGACCACCUCGUUCUUGCAACCGGCGCCAACGCCGCAGACACAGACCUCCCAUGGAAGGCCUGCGGCUCACACGAUGAACUAGUAGCCAACCUCCAUCGCACAGCCGAACAGGUUGGUGCUGCAAAGCACAUCGUCAUCGCCGGCGCGGGAGCAACAGGCGUUGAGGUGGCAGGAGAAAUCCGCUUCGCAUUCCCCUCCACAACCGUCAUCCUCGUGUCCUCGGGUUCAAGCCUCGUCGGCGGGGACUCCAUCGCGUCAAACGCAGAGCGAGAACUCCGACGCCUGGGUGUCGAGAUUCGAAAGGGAGUACGAGCGGAAGAGGCAACGCCGACGCCCGAUGGCAAGACCCGGGUAGUGUUGUCGGACGGCGAAGAGUUAACGACGGAAUUGUACCUGCCGACUAUGGGGCUGGUGCCGAAUACUGACUUCUUGCCGUCCGAGUGGCUGAAUGAGCAUCGUUAUGUGGACGUAGACGAUGAGAUGCGCGUGAAAGGCGCGGAAAAUGUGUGGGCUGUUGGCGAUGUCAUCUCGAAGCCGCGGGCGAGUGUGAUAUGGACUGAAGCACAGGCGGCCGGUGUGGCAAACAACAUCGACCUCAUGUUCAAAGGCGAGCCUCUUGAGUAUGUCAAGGGCCCAGCAGUGGACGCUUUCCUUUGCUCGAUAGGCCGAUCACGCGGAGCCGGUCGACUCGGCCCUGUACCUGUCCCAUCCCUUGCGGUAUGGGCCAUCAAGGGCCGCACGUUGGGUAUGGAACGUACAUCCAAGUACGUGGACGGGAGCAUGUGGUGA